AUGCUUAACCUCUACCUCUCUCCUCCUCCAGUGCCGCCGCCACCAGAGCCAGCGUCACCGCAAUCCCAUCAUCUCCUCUCACAACCAUCUUUCCAAGAACAUAAAACAAAAACAGAGCGAUCCAUGUUGCUCACACAUGCAUUGCCACUUCUAAACUCAGUUUUCGACCUUGUAACCGUAACCUUCAUCUCGGGCCUAAUAAUCCUCUCCGUGUUAUCCAUAAGCUUCAUCUUCCAUCUUCGUUUCAAAUCAAAAUCCAUCACACAUUUACAAAACUUCAACUCACUUUGGACCGUGCGCUUCCUCUUUGUCCUAUUCAUAUUCCUGUGGUCCAUAGCCGAACUUCUCCGCUUACCUUUUUUUCGCCGAAAAUACCUCUACCCUUUUCUACCCUCUUUCUCCAUAUCCCAACAAGCCAACCUCUGCAAAGUCCACAUCGUACUUUCCCUCGGAUUCUUCGAACCCGCCUUCCUCGUCACCCUCUUGUUCCUCCUCAAUGCCUCCAUAAAAAAGAAAACCCCAAAUGAUGCAUGGGCCAUCACUUUCGUGUUCUUCACGUGUCUUCCCAUCGCCACCCUCCAAGCCUUGCUCAUUUUCUUCUCGCCGUUGGAGAACCGUGUCCCCGUAGAAACCUCGGUGAUUUUCAAUGACGGAUACGGCUUCGAUACUGUGCUUUGCGCCUACCCUUUCCUUUCCAGUGCGGUCUUCGCAGUGUUUGGCAUAGCGUACUCCGCAUGGUUCUUGUGCUCGUGUUGGAGAGUUUUAUCUCUUGUCAUCAACAAAGGCCUUAGGGUGAGGAUUUACUUGUUGGCAUCGAUCAUGCUCGUGGCUCUUCCCAUGCAGAUUGUGUCGUUGGGGUUCAGCGUGUUAUGGAGCCCCAAUCAGGAAGUGUAUGGCAUCGUUUCCCUUGUGGGGUUCCUCGGCGCGUUUUGCUGCGCCACCACUGGUGAGGGCAUUCUUGUCAUUAAGCCAAUUUCCGAUGCGUUGGACGCUGGAGGAGAUUGCUGCAUGUGGAAGCCACGACCACCACCAGAACACGACGAAGAAAGUGUCGUUAUUUGUUUAGAGGGAGAAAAAUAA